GUCAAAAUUGUCAAAAAUGAUACGAUUGAAAUAAAUGCGAAUACAAUUUUCACGAGAAAAUAUUUUGAAUUUUAUUUAUUUGUGAGUGUUUAAAGUUAUCUAAAGUGAAAAAGUAAUUUAUUAUAUUUUUUUACUGAAUAUUAGCCAUGAAAUUUACUUAGUGAAAGUGCUUUGAAUCUUAUAAUACUUUAAAUAAGAAAUGAAAAAUGAAUAAUAGUUCCGAUUAUAUUUAUUGGUCUGAGCUACAUUGCUCAAAAGAUGCUCUCACUGAUACUUAUGGAUGGUUCAUGCAGUUCCUGUUGGCGGUAUUGGCGUUUACGUGUUUAAUAGGUAAAAGGUUUUGUGAGCCCCGCUAUGCGAGACGACCCUGGUUGAUAUGGUUCUACGACACAUCGAAACAAGGCCUAGGAGCACUGAUCAUACAUGCAGCCAAUGUCUGGCUGUCACCGCACCUCACUGGCAACCCCUGCACAUGGUACAUAGUCAACUUCAUGCUGGACUCAACACUAGGUCUUCUUAUAAUAUGGGCCGGCAUCAGAUUAGCACAGUACUGCGCAAGAACUUAUGAUGUACCUCUCAUCAAUUUUGGUGAAUAUGGUAAGCCCCCGAUGUGCGCCGCGUGGAUAUGCCAGUGCAUAUUGUACGCGGCGCUGGCGACGUUCGCCAAGUCGGUGCUAGCGCUGGUGCUGCGGCUGCCGCCCGUCGUCGCCGUGCUGUCCACGUUGCGACUCUCGCCAGUCUCCGACCCGAGGCUCGAGCUGGCGGUCGUUAUGCUCAUUAUACCGUUUUUUGUUAAUAUUUUAAUAUUCUGGGUGACUGAUAACUUCCUCAUGUAUCAUCCGCGAGGGGUCAGCUCCAAACUUAAAACGAAGGUGAGAUAUCAGUCCAUCAAGAAGGAGAAGUCAGGCUCGGAGGAGGAGCGAGAUUCAGCGGACGAGCGUCUGCUGGGCGCCAGCGUAUGACCCUACAGGAAGCCCAGCGUAUUUCGGGCUUAAAUGUAAUCUCCUAGAGUAGACCCCACUGGCUCACAACACUUGCCAUCAAACACACGCUAGCACUCGACCUUACGACUAUCCGGCCAGUUUAUUAGUCGUCAGUAGUUCGCUAUACGAAAAUAAUCGAAUAAAGUUUAUUCGACUAAAAUUGAAUAUACGUUAAUCGAUUCAAAAUGUACCUAAUUCCAUUUUACUCGAAUUGUAAUCUUUAUAUCUUGAAAUAUUGUGUGCAUAUUUGUAACAUACAUUAUAAUUAAUAUGGCAAGUUGAGGGGUGAGUAGUUAAACAUGGUGUAUAAAUAAUAUAUUUAUGUAAUAAUGGCACAUGUUAUACAUAAAAUAACCUAUUUAGACAUUUCAAAAUUACCCAUGGGUAUAUACUUAAAAUAUUGGAUAACAAUUAAUUAGUUUUUUAUAAAUGCUUAUAACUAUAAAUAUUGUAAAGAUUAUAUACCUAUUGAUAUUUUUGCUUUUUUUUUGAGCUGAAAUUGCUAACAUGGUAUGUUUGCUAUGUAUAGUGUGGCCAUGAUUUAAUCUUUUUUUUGUAGUGCUAAAAUGAGGUAUUUGUACAGACAGCUGAUUUUCAGUUGAUGACCCACUGUGUAUGGAAUUGAAUUAUUGUUUUACUUAUAAAACAUCAAUAUUAAAUGUACAAAUAUACCAUUUUGCUUCGAAUAAAAAUAAAAUAAAAAAUAUUUUUAUACAAUUUACUUUUGAAAAUAUGAUAAUUUUUAAUGUUCCUACACGGUAUAAGUACUUAGAUCCUCAGAGUAGUGCCAUGUAUUUUGAAUUUUUUUUUGACAAGAAUUUGUACAUUGACAUCGAAUUAAGACUGAGAAAGUCACGGGAAUCAUAUCUUCCUAUAAAAUUCCAUUUAAUUCCAUUUGUUAGUAGUUAUACACUCGUUUUUUAUGUUACAUCACAUAAUGCGUACUGCAACAAAGGGUUGGAGUCAACGCGUGGAAUAAUUAAUUGUACCUUAAAAAAAAUACGAGCGAUAUGCUCGACCGCCAUGCUAUUUUUAUAACUAAAUUGUAAAUGAAUUGCAUCUGUACUAUUCGUUUUAGUGUACAUAUUAAACAGUAUUUCGCGACGACAUAAAAAUAGCAAAAUUUAAUGAAAAUAAACAACAAACGAUCUGAAAAUAAAAUUUAACGUGAACUCAAUAAAAUGAUAUUACACUAUCAAAAUAAUUUGUAUGCUAAAUGAUAGUCAAAUCAUAUGAUUGUGAUGUAAUGUAAAUAUUGAUAAUAAGGAGAAGUUUUGUAAAAACUAUGAUGUAUAUAUUGAUCCAUGAGAAAUAUAUAUUUGUGCAUCUGUUCAUUGUUUGUGCGAAUAUAAUUCACAUUACGUGUUCA